AUUAAGAUUCAAAUAACAAAACGAUUAACGUUUGGCUAAUUAAGUUUGUACCUACGUCCGAGAAACUCGAAUGUCUCCGUAGAGAAAGAGAGAUUCUUUCGAACGGACGCGAAAUUCGACUCUUAGUAGCGCGCGCGAGAUCGUACACACUAUCAAAAUGCCCGGUGGUGUAGUAUUUUUAGUGUGCAUUCCUACUUUGAGUUACGAGCACGAACUAGUUUUUGGUAUCCCCGUGAAACCCCCGAAAAAAUCUGAAGAACUUACUCCCUCUGUCGCCGGGCCUAAAGUCGAUUUACGAUUGAAAGAAGUGAAAACUAAAGCACAGCUACUCACGCUCGACAACAACGACGAUGACGACGACGACGACGACGACGACCUGGAGAACGAGGUUGCGCUCGUUGGCGACGAUGACACUGAUUUGGACAUUUCAUCGCGAAAAUAUUCACGUGCUCGGGCUGCUCUUCGUUCAAAGACACCUAUCUUCGUUUCCAUGGAAACGGUGUUGACGGAAUUGCUAAAGAAACUCAAAGUGGAGCACGUUGUAUGGUGCAAAGACAAGGAGAACAUGUACUACGAGGUCAUAUUCCCAGUUCCUGCUGGCGAUGCAUGUGAAAACUGUAUACAUUGUCUUACAGAGAUGGGCAUAGGAGUCAAAAUGAAUUCCAUCGUCAGUGUAAUACCGACUCAGUGUACCUAUAAUAGCGUGGGAUCUAACGGAUCGGCAAUGAUCAAGGACGAAAUAGCUCGCAGGAAAAAAGAAGCUCAGGAUCGGAAGGAUGCUUGGACUGAUUUCGUAGAUUCUAUACGUUCAAAGUUGACGGUCAAGCAAGUGGUGGAUGGUGUUCGAAGUGGCGGCGAUCUUUCUUUCGAUUACGUUCUACUGGUGUUAACGGCAGAUUGUUUAGCUGCGUUGGGUCUUGUUGAAAACAGUGCAACCAAUGUGGUAGCAGCCAUGUUGGUAUCACCUUUGAUGGGACCCGUUAUGUCUUUGACCUUUGGCACGAUAAUAGCAGACAGAAGUCUUCAAUUGAUUGGAUUGAAGAGUCUCUUGUUAGGUAUAUUCUUGUCUAUACUUUUUGGAUUUAUAUUUGGCCUUAUCCUUGGCACGACAGAAAUGCCUUGGGGUUUCAACGAUUGGCCGACCGACGAAAUGAAAGGCAGAGGUAACUACAGAUCUCUUUGGAUGGGUGUACUGUGGGCACUUCCUUCGGGUACAGGUGUAGCCGUAGCCUUGUUGCAAGGUAGUAAUGGUCCUUUGAUCGGUGUUGCUAUAUCCGCUUCGUUGUUACCACCGGUUGUUAAUUGCGGCUUGUUUUGGGCUCUUGGAUGCAUCUGGUUGAUAUAUCGGCCUAUCAAAAUGCCACACAUAAAAGGAGAAUCUUAUACCGAUUUCAAUAGUUCUUACGUAUACGUUUAUACAGAUUAUCUGCCCGUGGAGUUCUUUUGCAAUGGGAUUAUCAGUGCAUGCUUGACCUUUAUUAAUGUAAUGUGUAUUUUCAUCACGGCGAUAAUAGUUCUCAAGAUUAAGGAAGUAGCCGCGCCGUAUACUUCUACACCGGAAUUAAGACGAUUCUGGGAACAUGAUAUACGUUUGGUUCGUGAUAAAAAUAUUUCCAGAGAUAACAGUUCUCUUGAUUCAAGCUAUUAUGACGGGUUGAGUAAAACUAAACAAAAAGUAUUAGAACGAACUCUAAACGAAGCCGUACGCGAGGCAAUCGACGACGAGACCUUUAGAAAAGUUCAAAGAAUGAGUUAUGGGCAUGGGGCAGAAGAGAUCACUCCGAAACUUGGCCUUCCUAUGCACGUUGCCGUCAAUAACGGAGAUGGAAGGUCAAGGGACGAAAUAAUUGAUCGUUCCACGAGCGUUGAUCGUCCAUCAAACGGUUUACCAGAUUCUACAAGUACCAACGAAGACCUCGAGGCUCUUGAUAGACUGAUCACAUAUCUUCUGGGUCAACCAAUUAGUACUGCUAACAAUAACUUGGAUACAUGGCGCCGAUCGCGUCAAGCGAGCGCUAGAGGUUACAGACAACUAUAUGGAACUGGUGCAGCCGCUGAAGCUGGUAACAUUGGUACAACACCUUUCUAAACAAUUCAAUAAAGUGUAUAUGUGUGUGUGGGUGUAUGCACACAUGUACGCACGCACGCACGCACGCACGCACGCACGCACGCACACACAUCAUAAAAGAUAAAAUACCAAUGUGAUUAGAAUUUAUUACAAACUUAUCUUCGACAAAGAAAUCACGUAACAGGGAGAUGAUUAAGAAAUCACUGUAACUGUACAACUCUCCGAACAGGGGAGAAAUUGAAAACUUAAAUAAUAAGUUGUACGAGAGAAAUGAUUGUACGCGCUAUCACAAUAACGGAGGCAAGAAAUCAGUAAGAUUACAAACGAUCGGUUGUAACAACAUAAAAUUCGUUAAUCGUCUAUGGAAGAUGGCUCGGUACCGAAAUAUCUAUCACCAAAAUUACCGAUACCUGGUAGUACGUAAAAUUUAUUAUUUAUCUCUGGAUCCAAAGCGGAAGUAACUAUUUUCACUUUUGGAAAAGCAUAGGCGAUAGAAUGGACACCUGAUUCCGCCAUAAGUAAAGAGACUAGUAAAACAUUUUCUUCCGCUACGUCGUGAUCGAGAAGAAUUCUAAUGGCCAUCAUAGCAGCAGCACCGGUUGCUACCGUAGCAUCCAUUAAUAUGACUCUGUAAUCCUUGAUAUCUUUCGGAAGACGCAAAUAAUACAGCUAUGAAAGAAGAAUUGCAUCAAAAUUUAAGAACAGCUUCGAAAUGACGUUUACUAAUAUAAUAAAUACCUCAGGUUCACCAGUCUGUUGAUUCGUUUGUAUUAAAAUUUUUCCUAUCCUUAUGUCUUUACAUACAUCUCGAACCGCCUGUUCCAUCGUUUCUCCAGCUCGUAAUAUAGACACGCCACAGAUCUUGUCUGUCGCACCACGUUUCCCUUGAUAAGGUAUUCCUUGCGGUGUCUCCACCGUGACUUCCUUCGUUAUUAAACGAUUUGGACGAAUUAUUACUCUUUCCCUUACCUUUAUUUAUUUAAAUUUUCUUUCGUCGCCUUACCUCGAACGGUAACAGAGACAAUGCGUACUCUAUCACCAAGCGUAUCAAACGUUUCGAAUAAAAUAUAAAUUCAUCUCUAUAGGUAUCCUUGUUUCUUAUAAACGUAUGUAGACCUUUAAUUUGUGGUGUAUCAGGUAGUAAAUACAAAGACGUUGGCAAUGGUUGACCUAUGUAAGAAUGGGCUAAUUGUUCUCUAAGCUUAAAUCCUCUCUAAAAUCAAGAGAACAUAAUUGCGCUUAAAGGAAUUUGAUAUUCAGAUCACGACAAUAAUGACAUAUACAAAUGCAUACCAAUUGCAAUUGCGUAUGCACAUGUUGUACAAUAAGUUCUAUAGCAACUUCAUUUUCUCCGCCGCGAGGUACAAUAAUAUCGGCAUGGACCAUAAGCGGUGCUAUGUAAUAAUAAAAGGCAGGUUGUACCAUAGUACAAUAUUGUUUCAGGACACCUUCCAGGUCUCUUCCUCUUUGCGAUAUAUCUCUACGUAAUCUUCGUGCAAGUCGUACGUCGGCAUCGGUAUCAACGAAUAUCUUCAUAUCGCACAUCUUUGCGAUGAUUAUGGAAAUAAAAAAAAAAAAAAAAAAAAAAAAAAAAGAAAAAAAAAAGAAAAAAAAAGGAAAAAAAAAAAGAAAAAAAAGAGAAGGAAAAAUUCAACAUACGGACUCUUACUUUCUGUUUCAAGAUUUAAGAUAUUCUGACAUCACCUAAUUAAACACUUCAUUAAUUACUUACCUUCAAUACGUCCACAUUAUAAAAGGUAAAUAUUCCCUCAAAUAUAAUGACAUUGGCGCCAUACAUUGUUUUCUUAUAAAAAGAAAACAAAGAGCAUGUUACAUUAUAGGAAGUAGCACUGAAGAAUGGGUUCGCAUACUAGUCCUAUUUAAUUUAACAACUUACAGUCCUACUUUCUCUACGAUGCGUUACAAAAUUAUAAAUAGGAACUUCCACCAUUCUUCCCUCUUUUAAUCGUUGCAACGUAGUCUUAAGAAGUUCUAUAUCAAACGCAUCCGGAUGAUCGAAGUUAUAUUCGUUGCGUGCCGCCAUUUCAUGCUGUUUUUCAUUUAAUACCUACACAUCAUUUAAUUUAAUAUUAAUUUAAUUUAAUUUAAAUACUUUCCCUUUAAUUAAAAAUGGAAAUAUUAAUUGUAUACUGCAUACUUUGUAAAACGAAUCCAUACUGAGAAGAGUAACCCAUUGUACGCUCAACGAUUCUAUUAUUUUUGUAGCUACUGUAGUUUUUCCCGAAGCACUACCACCGCAUAUUCCUAAAACACAUUUAUCGCUGUUUUCAUAUGAACUUUAGUUUAUAUGAACUAUAUUCUACUAGGACACGAAAAAUUCCUUACCAAUUACGAAGGGUUCUACCUGCUGUCCCGCGGAAUUAUACCAAGGCGGUCUACCAGCCGUAUAUAUGGUUCCUCUCUUACUUCUAAUGAUAGAUUCCGCGGAUGUCUUUUUACUAGAUUGCGUCAUACUUGUAGUACGUUGUCUUCUCGAGCGUGGUGAUUUUUGCAAAUCUGUUGUAUCAAAUAUCGUACGAUUUACAUCGAUACAGGUUUGUGUCCUUAAUAAAUGGUGAAAUUACCAAUGAUAAUCAUUUUAUAAUCGUACGGUAAAUAAGGAAAGAGGAAAAUAAUAGAGGAGGGGAAACGGGAAAAGGAAGGCAUUAGUACUUGUAGUGGAAAAAGCUGUCUUCUUCGAGAAGGUAAAGAUAUCUGUUUGGAAUAAAUGAUCAUCCGAUUGUUACCAUAUGCGAGUACUCCAUAUUUCUUUGAAGGAAACUCUUUCGCAACCUUAAACGUUAAAAAAUAAACGAGAUAACGAGAUCACACGGAUAAAUCGGAGACAUACUGUUGAGGGAGGACGGAUAGAAGAAGUGUUAUUACUUACAAUGUAAGAGGAUGAAUUCAUCGUAAAGACUUUAUCUUUGAAAGAAGAUAAAGGAUAAGAAAAACAAAAAUAAGAGAAUACGUUCGUACCAGUGGAAGGUGGUCUUGGCGAUUGGGACGUGGGUGUCGCUUCGUCGCAAAUUUCAUCGACGAGACAUUCACAAUCGUCCGAAUAAAUUUCUUCAUCCUCGCUAGAUAAACGAAGCAAAGAAUCAAAAAAAGGAUAAACAACGUUUGUUGAUUCGAAGACAUGGAAGAAAGGAAUUAAAAAGGAACGUUUGAAGAAUUUACCUCUCUGAACUCGCCGAGCUGAACGGGUCGUAAUGUUUUACCUUCGCAGCCAUGUUCUCUCGUCACGUGUCGUCUUAAACCACGGUGCCCGGUGCAAAAGAGAAAGACGAUAUUUUUCAACGUAUCCGUUGGAAAUCCAUCGACGAUAAAACCCCCAUACAGCUCGAGGAAACUGCAUACUACGUUGUUGCGGGACAACAAAUGACGACUAGCGUUCAUAGCGCCGCCUUACGACGACAUUCCGAAGCUUCUGCCCUUGUCCCUCGCUUGCGAGAAGAGAGACACGCAAAAAAAAACUCGUACACGUAUUUCUUACGUCCUGUGCGACAUUCGUAUGCGUUCUUCGUCGAUUACACCGUACUAUAUACUAUAGGCUAUAGAGGAGAACGAUGGA